CGACGAUAGUUAGCGAAGGUUCCUUCUGGAGUGAGAGCGAGUGUCAAAUCUCAGACCGGGAAACUGUAAAACGCGCCGUUUCAGGCUUUAGGGUUUUUGGAUCGGCAGGGAGCUUCUUCGAGUCGGUGGUGCAAUGGCGGAGCACGAAGAACCGAAGGGCGAGUCGCUGAUGGAGAAGAUUGCGGAGAAGAUCCACGGGGAUGACCACUCCUCAUCGUCCGAUUCCGAUGACGAGAAGUCCGCACCGUCGGAGAUGAAGGCUAAGAUUUACCGGCUCUUCGGCAGGGAACGGCCCGUUCACAAGGUCCUCGGCGGUGGAAAGCCUGCGGAUGUAUUGCUAUGGAGGAACAAAAAGAUAUCAGCUGGUGCUCUUGGUGUUGCAACGGCACUAUGGAUUCUGUUUGAGCUACUCGAGUACCACCUUCUCACUUUGGUUUGCCAUGGCCUCAUUCUUGCUGUCGCUAUCAUCUUCUUGUGGUCGAAUGCAACGACCUUCAUUAACAAGAGCCCACCUCACAUUCCUGAAGUUUCAAUCCCUGAGAAACCUCUGCUGGAGUUUGCUUCUGUGCUGACAUAUGAGAUUAACCGAGGGCUUGCUGUGCUGAGGGAAAUUGCAUCAGGAAGGGAGCUCAAGAAGUUCCUAGGGGUGAUUGCCGGCUUCUGGGUUUUGUCCAUUAUAGGUGGCUGGUGCAACUUCUUAACCCUGUUUUAUAUAGUAUUUGUAUCGUUGCAUACAGUGCCUGUUCUCUAUGAGAAGUAUGAGGACAAGGUUGACCCGAUUGCUGAGAAGGCAUGUGCUGAAAUCAAGAAGCAGUAUGCAGUCUUUGACGAGAAGGUGUUGAGCAAGAUCCCAAAGGGGCCAUUGAAGGACAGGAAGGUGGCUUAAGUUGUGGAGGUCAUUGCCGUUUUCCCAAAUGGUAGCUUUUUUAUUUGGGUUAUUUAUCCAUCAUCGGCAUGGACCCUUUCUGUUUUGGAUCUUUAGUUUCCCUGUAAUCAUGGGUUCACUGGUCGAUGGUUGUAUGAAAUUAUUUUUGCACACAGUGCCUCAGGGGGGUGUUGUGAUAGGGUUUAUCUAAUUAUACGAUACUCUAUAUCGUUAUCGAGUUUCAGAACUUGUCAUUCUCUGUUUCGCUUUUACUGGAUUGAAUCUUCUGUAUGGUCUUUACAUGAAGAUGAGGGCAUUGUAGAACAGGUGAAAUUACGUCAGUGCUCUCAACCGUUUUGAGUUUUAGCUUUGA